UAAUCGUCGGUACCUUUUUCAAAAUGAGGAUUUCUGUUCCUGAGGUAACAUAGAAUGGCUACAAUAAAAUCCAAGCACGGAAAUGCAGAACCACGUGAUGUUCGUGCAGUGCAUCAAGUUCUUACUGGUAUUCCUAAUGUGGCCAUGGCUAUGGUGUCAGACGAUGCUGCUGAGAUGUUACAAAAACAAAUACGUGAAGCUAGUGCGUUACGCCAACUUCUUACUCAUGUUCCCGACAUGGUUAUCACGUGUGACCAUGGUCACGCCAUGCCAAAUGUCACGCAUGUCCGCGGUGUUUGCAUGUUUGCUGAUAUAUCGGGUUUCACUUCACUUUGCGAGACGUACGGAAAUCUUGGAGGAACAGAUGCGUCAUGCGGUACAGAAAAACUUACUGCUACAUUGAACACGUACAUUGGAAAAAUAGUUGAAGAUAUUUUAGUCAAUGGUGGAGAUGUGCUUAAAUUCGCUGGUGACGCAUUAUUAGCRAUGUGGAAAUGUAACGACGCGGCUUCAGACUUGACACUUCUCGUUAACAAAGCAAUAAUCUGCAGCCUCGCUAUCCAAGAAGAAUGUGAUAACUACCUGACAGACGUCGGUGUUCUUCUACGAGUAAAAAUUGCUCUCUCGAUAGGAAAAAUGAACGUCACAUACGUGGGUGUUCCAGACUCUAAACAAUUUGAUUUAACAGGGCAGGCAGUGGAAGACGUCAACGGAGCCGAAAAAUGGGCAACGCCUGGAUCGAUAAUUCUAGAUCGAAUGGCUUGGGAGAGCUGCGAGCAGUCCUUGUUUUAUCAUGAAGUACUGGAAGACGGGUAUCAUUUUAAGGUCAGCGGAAUCCGAGAGCAAGCGGUCCAAUCUGAUGGAAAUGGCGAUCUCAUAAAGACAGAAAUAGCUCUUAUGUCCAUGGCUGGCAUUCUAUCAACGGCUGGAGUAGCGCUUGCAAUACCGCCAGUUAGUAGGAAGAUCUUUGGUCCGCAUGUCGGCAAUCAUUUCACAAAGACCUAUCCAAACAUAAAGCUGUCCGGAAUUUACAAAAGAAGCAAGAAAAAAGAAAACGCGACAUCCAAAAAGAUUAGCUCCGAUAAUGAUCAUGAUCCAGGUCAUCGGACGGAUGUUUGCAACUUGCUGAAUGACCAAGAAAUAGAGGAUCUGCGUGCUUAUGUAUCAAAACCAGUUCUUUCAAAGAUUGACCAUGAUCAAGACCUACAAUGGCUAUCUGAGAUGCGACAAGUUUCUGUGCUGUUCAUCAAUAUGGUUUUACCAAAGAAAGGCGACCUCAGCGCAUGGGCAUUGCAGCARGCCUUCGAGAUAAUUUACGAAAACGUCAGAAACCUUGGUGGAAAUGUAAACAAAGUGUUUUCUUUUGACAAGGGUUGCACGUUUCUAGUAGUGUUUGGAUUACCAGGUGAAAAGCACGAGGACGACCAGGCACGCGCUUUGAAAGCAGGCCAUCGAAUCAUCGAAACUCUGCACACGAUUAGGGAGAUCACACACGAAGCUAUUGGUGUAACGACGGGAAGAGCAUUUUGUGGAGUGGUGGGUCACCGUGACAGACAUGAAUAUACAGUCAUAGGAAGAAAAGUCAAUAUGGCUGCUCGUCUGAUGGUCAACUAUCCCGGUAUACUCUCAUGUGAUAAUGAAACAUACUUGGGAGCUAAGUCAAAGCUUAAGAAAGAAGACUUUYUGGUUUUGCCUCAUAAACCGUUAAAAGGCAUCGCUGAUCCAGGCGAAGUACGAGAAUACAACAAAAACCACGAUCGAGAAAUUGAAGAUGAUGAGACGGAGUACCCUAUAUUAGGACGAGAGAAAGAGUGCAAAGAAAUGAAAAAACUUCUUCAUACAGUCACAACAGACGAGAGACAAGCAGGACUCGUUCAACACAUGGUAAUAAUAGAAGGAGAAGCUGGCAUCGGAAAAACUAGAUUAAUAGAAGAGUUCAUGGAYAUGGCUGAAGAYGAGAAUUUCAGAGUYGAUUACGUAGARGCCGAYAUGGCCCAUGUACACACACCGUUCUAUGUCGUCCAAAUGCUUAUMAGUAUCUUACUCGAGUUAGACAUGUAUCGCACACCAAGUGAGAAAGAACACGCCCUAAGAGAGCACGUGACUGAUGAACACUUACGAGAGAGCUUGUGUUUAUUGAAUGAUUUGUUAGGAACCCACGUGCCUCAAAAUCCGAAAUUCGUUCACAUGGAUUCCAGCCAAGUGACGGAACACUUCCACCAACUUCUUUUUGGCAUCGUCCAUCAGGUUGCUGUCGAUCAGCCAUGCUUGUUUGCUGUAGAUAACGCACAAUUUAUUGAUCGCGAAUCGUGGGACUUCCUGGAAGAUUUGCAGAAGGAUUCCCAUGCUGUGCUAGUGCUGGCGCUUCGUCCUUUCUCRGCUGCAAGUCCUCCCUGCAAGUCAGCUGUACGAAUGAUAAACAAUCCUAAAUCAAAGAAAUUCAAGCUGACUGGUCUUAAUCCAGAGCUAAUGAGCAGCCUUGCCUGUCAGUUUAUGGAUGUCAUGUACAUUCCCAAAGAACUUGAUACCAUUCUACGAGAAAAGAGCCACGGCGUCCCGUCAUGGUGCGAGCAACUAAUCAAAGAAGUAUUACUCAGUAAAAUCAUUGCAAUUGUCUCCGAAUCGGAAGCUUUUCGAGACGAGUGUGUAGCUGAUUCUCUCUUGUUUGGACCAUUAGAUGGACUCCGCGACAAGUACUACGAACUAUCAUCUCAAAUUAUUUCAGAUGAGGUGAAACACGCUCGACCAGAAUCUCCUUUUCUAAGAUCCAAAACACCAGCGCUACCAAAUUUAACGGAGGAGGAAAGCCACGAAGUUUCCUUGUCUGGUACACAACUUACCGAUUCAAGAAAAGGAAGUCUUUUUACAAAGCUACUAAUCAACAAUCAGGAAAAAGCWCAAAAUCAGUUGGAAUCAUCUGCACGAAGCACUACUUUUGCGGCUGUAGAAGCACCUAAACAUGAUAGCAGUAGAAGAAGUAGCUUAGCUAAAGACCGCAAAGAAAGUACAUUGAAGUUUGAAAAGCCACAACGCAAAGAGCCCCCUAAAUUCAAUCGAAAUGAGUUUGUACCAGCUUCUUUGAGUGCAAUGCCUAAGAACACUUACAAUGUAUGCGUCGUUUCACCAGGAGUUCAAUUYUCAAACAUACUAAUUCCAGAGUCUGUCAAGGACAUGGUUCUUGCAAGAGUGGAUCGAAUGUCACCAACAGAACAAGUUACUCUGAAGUGCGCGUCAAUUCUWGGGAUGCAGUUCUCGCGAGAUCUUGUUGAAGCCCUCGUCCCUGUAACCUGCAAAAAAUCCCUGGACGUCAUACUUUAUACGCUUGUUAGAGAUGGCAUUCUAGAGUGCGCGAGCUUGGCAGCACAGCACCAGCUUGCGCAUAACCAUCAUGGYUUCUAUGACUACAACGAUCCCGCGCAUGCGCAUCAUCAUACACAUCACCAUCAUCAUCACCAUCAUCACAAUGUCGCGACAUCUCUUCAUGCACCUGUGUUAUGUGGCUGUUAUGCUGAUGAAGGGAAUAUGGUUCUCAACCUUACAAGUAUGAUGACUCCAAAUGGACCAAUAAAGCAUUGUUUGUUUUAUAAGUUUUCAAAUAUUUACGUCCAAGAAACGACUUAUGAUGUUUGGCUAGAGGAYCAGAGGAAAGGKCUSCACGAAAAGGCAGCUAUGUUUCUUGAGUCUCAGGCCCACAAGUGCCGGGCUUGUGGUGGUGGUGGAUUUGUACCAGGAAUGAGCUCACUCRUUGACCAGGCUCCUGUUGAAGACAAAGGAAAAAAAAGUCGGCGCGCAACCAUAGCACACUCGACUUCAGCGAAGCGAAGAAAAGCAGAGGAAAUGAGAAAGACAGUCCAAACUCACGGAGCAUUUUCGUCUCGUGCCCACGAACGAGAUGUCAUUUCUCGUGCAAGUCAAGCUGGAAUUCCACCAGAUCUCGAGAGAAAAUUUGCAGAGAAUUUGAAAAGGAAAGAUCGAAGCUCCUCUAUUCGUUCAAAUGAUAGUAAACUCUUUGGAGGGCGAGGAUCGCAACAGAGUUUGCUGACACGAUUAGCCACGAAGGGAAAAGUCAAACCAAACGACGACUUUGCUUCAGAUGAUGACGAAAUCACGAAAUUACUUGGAGACGAAUGGUUCGGUAUUGAUGAUGAAGAUGAGGCCAUGGACAUUAARAAAUGCCGAUGCGCCGAGGUCCUCGCAUCGAUAUUUCCGCAACUKGUGGAACACUGGCGAGCAGCCGGAAACAAGAUAAAGACGUUCCGAUAUUUGACCGAGUCUGGUGCCGCAGCACUGACUUCRUCUGCCAAYAUGCAAGCCUUGUCAUAUUUGUAUGACGUCAGAGGCAUGUUUGAAGAAGAAAUUGGCGAUGGCGAAAGCAUUGCUACGUUAGAGGAAAAGGCAAGAGUAGAGAAUUUGAUUGGACAGGCUCUUUUUCACAUGAACCGACUAGAUGAAUCACUCCUUCACUUCAACGUUUCCUUGAAGCUGCUUAACAAAGAACAACCGAACACAAGGAUUGGUGUCAUUUUUCGUAUAAGAAAAGAGUCGUUAAGACACUACUURCAUGUUUUCUUUCCUGGAUACUACAUGGAAAGCGCGGGGGACAAUUCUACAAUGCUUACCGAACAAGCUCGUUGCUUGGGGCAUUUGUCGCAUGUCUACCACGCCCUUCAUGAGAAUGACAAAUCACURAUGGCUGCCUUACAGGAGCUGAAUGCAGCCGAAGAAGCUGAUGAAAAUUUACACGAGCUACUUGUAGCGUACGGCGGAGUCAUUGAGUGUUGUCAUUUGGUUGGUUGGACCAGCUGGGCCGAUCGUUACGAGACCAUUGGCUUACAAAGAUCUGAAAAUCCCAGUCUCUAUUCAAACCCAGACGACCUUGUCACGGUUUUUCAUCUCUACUGUGUAAGUCUUUCGUUCAGAUUGGCCACAGCGAAUAUCAAACAGGCACUUCAAUCAGGUAACACGGCAAUGCUUAUAUCCAACAAACUGAACGACUCUCACAUGAAGAUUGAAUGUCUUCCACUUUACAUUCAAGCGCUGCUUCUAAAUGGAAAGAUUGAAAAAAGUUUCGAGCUUCUCAAAAACUUGAAUUACAUCUCCAUCGAAGAAGAAGACGCACAUGGCAAAGCUCUCUAUAUGUGUGGAUGCUUUGAUUUACUGCUCGAUGCAGGUCAACAAGUUGAAAGUGUAAGCGUAAUUGAGAAUUUUUUGGUUCAAGCAACAGCAGAUGCAACAUUCUGUGCUGAGAUUGUACCCAAGUUUUAUCUAAGUGCUUGCUUGGCUUCAUGGUACGCACGAAUUGAAGAUUGGGACAAAGCAGAGACCUUUCUACAGGAUGCCAUUGCACACGAGCCAACAAAGCUUGAAGAUUUCAUGUCAGUGGUUGGMCUUCUGAGGAUCGUYGAAACUGAAUUACUGCAUCUAAGAGUCGCGCGCAAAAACAAAACAACUAAGCAGGACUUAAGGAAGAAAUUUCAUAAGCUCAAAGAUGCUUGUCGCCACUUUACUGUUCUUCGACCGCGGACUAUCCACCUCCAGGCUUACAAAGGCCUAAUCUUCAACAAGAAUGGUAGAGCGAGAUCUCUUCUCAAGAAAAGUAUGUCACAAUGCGAUGUGUUCAAACUUUACCUAGAAUUACAAGCACUCAAGAGRGAUCAAAAUACGUGGUUUGGCAACAAGAACCCGGCCAACUUUAGCGAUGGCAAUUACACGUUUAGUCUUCCAGCACCAAGGAAAACAAAGGGACGACGAAGGCGGGAUACACUUUAGAUGUCAUGACMAUAGGCAGGAGUUUACCACAAACCUCACUACAAGCGCUUUAUCAAUGCCAUACAAAAARAAAUUGUAAAUAGUUAUAUAAAAGAUACAUAUACUAAAAUUUUUAU